CAUUUUGACAUUUGUUUAGCUUUGUGUUCCGCAACAAAAUCCAUCAUGUAAUGUCGAUUUAAAUGCUAACUUAGCUAUUUAAAUUAGUGGUUUCAUUAGUACAGUGAUGAUAUUAAUCAUAAACUUAACACCAAUUCAAAAGAUAUAUUUCUGCUGAUUGGCGCAUAAAUCAAUAAUGUACCAGUGCCGCUUUUCUAUUUUCGCGUUUGUUAAAGUUAUUUUCGUUUCCCGUUGAUAAAAUGUGUCUUGAUUUGGAACAAUAAUGUUUAAGUCAUUUAUAUAAUUAACUCAAUAUACAAUAUAGUGUAAAACUGAAGAAAACAGUUUUGUGAAAAAAAGGCGCGAAGAUUUUUGCCGCGCCGAUUUUUAGGAGCGAAAGAAAUAAACCAUUUUGUCAUCUAAGAAAAACAGCUAAAGUGAAAUUCUUCAUAAAACUUAACUUGAAAGAUGAUAUAUCUCCUUUCAGUACUUAUUGCAAUUUCAAUAUUUGAUGCACAGUGUUUGGUGAAAAGAGAGAGUUCAUGUUAAGUAGUCUAUUUAACUUGCGAUGCGGCUAAGAAGUCGAAAAAGGGAGCGACCGCUCCCGAUUAUAAAGAAGGCCAAAACCACUAAAACUCGAAAAUUUAAAGAUUCAUCAACUUGGAAGAAUAUUUUAAGACGUACGGCGGCUAGAAAUGAGUCAGUCCAACUUAGCGGGUCUCUGCUUUCUAUCGGACAUUCUAAAAGAAAUUUAAAAACUAAACCAGUAAGGAUCAAAACAGCAAUCAUGGAAAGGUCAGGGCAAGUGUUGAACAAGAAACAAAAACUCAAAGAUGAUGGUCCAAAGAAACCAAUCUUCCAGACAGUGGUACGAAACUCUAUAAAAGAUAAUGUCUCAUCAAGUUUAGUAAAAACAAAAACUAUGCAAAAUGAAAAAGUGUCAACAACAUCUAGAAUAAAAGCAAAUGAUGUGCGCACAACGAAAGGUGUUCAACUACGUCACAGCUCUCUGAACAGGGAGCUGAUUCGCUCAGAUGUUGUAUCAGCAACAAUAUCUCCACGUAAAACAAGACGGAUUGAUAAGACUGACAAAUCAGCAUCAUUAAAUAGCUCACCAAUACGUAAAGUACGUCAAUUGGGAAUACCAUCUCAGAAAGUUAAGACAGCAUUAAACGCAACUAAGGAAAGUCCGAAAAAGAAAUGCAAAGCUAAGGAGCCAAUUGUACCGGAACAAAAUAACUGGAGUAGUGUAGAUGAUGAUGUGACAAUGUACGAACCACAUACAACUACAAAUGACUUGGUUAAAGAAGAUUCUGAUUCGGAAACUCAAGUAGAGUCUUCAGAACUAUGUCUGCCGAAUGAUUGUUUGAAUGACUUCAUGGCUAUUGCAGAAUGUGCUGGUUUGAUCAACGAAAGAUUACCAGCUGAUGAUGACGAUAUAAACUUCUUAGCUGAUAAAGCUGCUAGGGUGAUGACUACGGAGAAAGAUGAUGAUAAAAAGUUGCCUCGGAAGAACUCUGUGGAUAAAAGGCUGAUGAAACGAAGGAAGUCAAGCAAUGAUUUGGAGAUGUAUCAGCCAACAUCUACCACUGAUGAUUUAGAUGUGUGCACCAAUUUCCUAACCAAUGGGGAUAAAUAUAUGCAGCCGGACUUUGUGUCAAUGCUGGAGCAGGAUGGCUAUGUUCGGGAUCCGGAGUGCGAGAUCUCCUCAACAUGCACAGACACUCAAGGCACCGCUAUAGAGAGUCUGGAGGCGCUGUCCGCACGGAGCCCUAGCACCGGCUUCCUCGCUGAGAUCAGUCAGAGUCUUGUUGCAGAGGCUGCGGGCUGGAAUGGCACAGAGAUAGUUCCCGAUGAUUCAAAUAUGGUCUGCCAUGAUGACCAAUCUGCUAAUGUUGAGGAGGAAGGUCUGGAUGUGAUAUCUUCGUGCGGCAACCGUGUAGACUGCGAGCAGAUAUCCUCAUGGGUGGAUGCAUUUGAUCCCUAUCUAUUUAUUAAACAGUUGCCUCCGCUGGAGAGCGUGUCAACUCGCGCGCUGCGAGCUCGCUACCCCGCGCUGCCGCUCAAGACCAGGACCAGCCCGGACUUCAGUCUCGUAUUGGACCUGGACGAGACCCUGGUGCACUGCUCGCUGCAGGAGCUGCCUGAUGCCAGCUUCCACUUCCCAGUGCUCUUCCAGGACUGCAGAUACACUGUAUUUGUGCGCACACGGCCUCAUUUCGCGGAGUUCCUGUCGCGUGUGUCUCGCACCUACGAGGUGAUCCUGUUCACUGCCAGCAAGCGAGUCUACGCCGACCGUCUGCUCAACCUGCUCGACCCUGCUCGACGCUGGAUUAAAUAUCGCUUGUUCCGCGAGCACUGUCUGCUGGUGAACGGCAACUACGUGAAGGACCUCAGCAUCCUGGGCCGGGAUCUGCGCAAGACUGUCAUAGUCGACAACAGCCCACAGGCGUUUGGUUAUCAACUGGAGAACGGCAUCCCAAUCGACAGCUGGUUCGUGGACCGCAGCGACAACGAGCUGCUGAAGUUACUGCCCUUCCUCGAACACCUCGCUACUAAAGACGACGUGAGGCCGUACAUCAGGGACAAAUACAAACUGUUCAGUUACCUGCCGCCGGACUAGAUCACCUCACAACGAACAAACCUUAUUUAUUAUAUUCAAUGCACCUUUAUUACAUAACUAAGUAUAUAAGUUAAAUUUUAAAUUGUUGUAGUUCCAAAUCAAAAGUUACAUUUUGUAUACAAUUAUAAUUUUAGCUAUUAUUUUCGAGAAUAUAGUAAUUUUGAGUUAAGCUGAAUAAUAAAUCUAUACUUUUAGAAGAGUCAGAAUGAUU